UUCUUUCCAAUCAGUGUGGAGAGAAAGCAGCAGUCCCGCACGAGGAUCUUCCACCGAUGGCGGCAUCACUUGCAGCAUCCUCUGGACCAGCAGCGCGUGUGCCCGAGUCCCCCAUCAUCACCAUGGCGGCGGGUGGCAGCUCCCCCACGGCCGCUUUCUUGCUGUGCCUGCUGCUAGGCUCAAUCUCCCUGCAGCUGGACGCCGGAGGCACCGAGGAGGCGGCGGCGGCGGAGAAAGCAGACAAUUCGAUGCAGGAUGAGCGCUGGCGCUACGGCAACCGCGGGAUGGAGACCUGGAAGCCUUUCCGAGACGAUGACGAUGUUCGAAAGGUGGAGGACGGCGCGACCUUGAAUGAGAACACGGCCGGCACCGAGGACCCGUGUCGCGAUGUCAAGUGCGGCCGCCACAAGUUGUGCGUGGCGCACGCUUCCCAGAGGCCCGUCUGCAUCACUCGGAAGAAGCUCGAGCAAAGAAUCCAGAUGGUGGAGGUGCCGGGGAGGCGCGACCCCAACUGUCCCUCUUGUCCCCCAGCCGCCUCGGCACCCGUGUGCGGUUCCGACGGGCAUAACUAUGCCUCACAGUGUAAGCUCCAGCAGCAGGCCUGCCUCACGGGCAAAGUUUUGAGCAUCAUGUGUGCUGGAUUUUGUCCCUGCGCCGCCUCCAUUACCUCCGCCAAGGCCGAAGCCAAACUUGAGAGCUGCACAGGCGAGGCGCUGGCCAGCUUGGGAAAGCGUCUCGGGGAUUGGUUCCAGUUGCUGCACGGAAACGCCAAACACAACAAGUCGGCCAAGCCGGCGGCCGCCACUGCCUCAGCGCUGGAAAGGAGCUUGCUGGCCAGCUGCAAGGACUCCAUAUUGUGGAUGUUCCUGAAACUGGACGCUGACGGCGACUUGCACCUGCGGGCCGGCGAGCUGGCCGCCGUCAACCUGGACAAGUACGAGCCUUGCGUCGGGCCGUUCUUCAAUUCCUGCGACAGCAUCGAGGACGGCAAAGUCUCCGUGGCCGAGUGGUGCCUCUGUUUCUGGAGGGAAAAGCCGCCGUGCCUGGCUGAGCUGGAGAAGAUCCAAGCGAACCACGUGGCCAAAAACAAGCCCAUACGCACAUACAUACCCACCUGUGACGAGGAUGGCUACUAUCGGAAGUGGCAGUGCGAGCAAAGUGGCGGCGAGUGUUGGUGUGUGGACCAACAGGGCGGCAGCGAGGUAGCCGGCACCAGAAUGCGCGGCAACCCCGAAUGCGAUGAAGCGUUGGGAUAUUCCGGCCAUUUCGGGAGCGGGGUGGGCUGGGAAGAUGAAGAGGAGAAGGAGGUGGAGGAGGAGGAAGAGGAGGAGGAAGAGGAGGAGACUGAUGAUGGAGGCUACAUCUGGUAGCAGCUGCCGCAGGGAGCCCAAACGGCGAGCCCCGUUCAGGGACAGCAAAGGAGUCCGAAUCAGGAAAGAUUCCCCAUGAGGAGGUGACAAGCAUUCUAUUUUAUUUUAUUUUUUGGUCUUGGGGAUUGCUAAUUGCCUCAUUCUGUAUUCUGGACAUAUAAUAUGACCGCAGCAAAGUGUUAGCUUAGCGCAAGUAUCCGAAUGUUUGAGGUAAGGACAAGAAAAUAAAGAGGUUGACACACCCAAAUUCGGUGCAGGUGCAUUGCUGAGAUGAACGGUUGAAAAACAUGUUUUGGCGUUUCCGUCCAUGCAAAGGCAACGUUAGCAAUAUUGAAUAACUAAAUAAAUUUGGAAAUAUCCGGAUGGGAAAAGAUUGCCAAGCUAUGUUAGCUCAGCAUAUAGACCCAAACACACGUUUCUUUUGACGCAAAGUGUUAGCGUGUUUAUUUCUCGCAUCAGCGAGUCCGUUUUAAAAUUUUAAAAAAACAUUUGGAAUGGAAGCGUUAGAACUUCACACUGGACCUUUGAAGUGUCGCUCAUUUGCAUACACACCAUCCACUGUACAUUUACACGCCUCGUCCGUCCAUUCAGAUGCAUAUGAGGUAGACGCUAAAGUCGGAUUUUGUAGCCACACAAUCAUUUAUUAGUAACAAAAAAAACUGUUUAUUGCCCAAAAAUUGCACACGGAAUGUGAUUUAGUGUCAUUUUAUAUUUUUUUUGUGGACAAGCAUGAAAUGUCCAUAAAAUGUAGAUUGAUGUCCCCCCCCACGCCAUCCUUACUUCUCGUAGUAGAACCAUUUGUCAACUGAAAUAAAUAAAC